AAUAACUCAAAAAUGGAAAUAAAGAAAAAGAAAGAACGAAGAAUUAAAAGAAUGGUUCAAAAUUUAAGAUAAGAACAAAAAUUGUAUGUAUUCACAAAAAACUACAUGGAUAGAAACGAAAAAAAAAAAAAUGAAUAUCGAAGUUAUUUGGAUAAUUCAAUAAAAAUUAUUCAUGAAUUAAACUUCGACUAGAUAAAUGAAGAAUGAAAUAAUUAAGUCAUAAUUUCUUGGUUGAUUAUAUUAUUAACUAUUUCUUUUCUUUAUUUUAUUUGGAAUAGGAGAAACUUAUCAUGGAUCCACUGAUUUCUGCUGCUUCUGUUAUCGCUGCUGGGUUGGCCGUCGGGCUUGCUUCUAUUGGACCUGGAGUUGGUCAAGGUACAGCUGCAGGGCAAGCUGUAGAAGGGAUUGCGCGACAACCGGAAGCAGAGGACAAAAUAAGGGGUACUUUAUUACUUAGUCUGGCUUUUAUGGAAGCUUUAACUAUUUAUGGGCUGGUUGUAGCAUUAGCACUUUUAUUUGCCAAUCCUUUUGUUUAAUCUUUUAAACAAAUAGAAAAAGAAAAAUACAUAUUGUUUUUUCCGUGGACUUUCAUUGCUGCUAUUGCUUUAUAUAUAUAUAUAUUCUUUCUAUAUAGAUAUUCCGAUUUAACUCCUACAAUUUAUUCUUCAUUUGGAUUAACAUAUGGAUUCGCCUUCUUCCGUCCCUUUAUUUAGUCCAACGAGCGCCCCCUUUUUUAAUUUAGAAUUGAAAACAACUAGAUAUUUUGCAAUUGACAUAAGAACUAGUAUCUACUUCUAAGAGGUAUCAUUCUUAUGAGGAAUCUUUCAAUUGACUAACCAAUUCAAAAUAUAGAAUAUAUUUAUUAAUAAAUAUAUUCUAUAUUCUCUAAUAGAUACAAUAAAAUUCUUAUUCUAUUCAGAUUCUUAUUAGUAAUUCAUAUUAAUUAAUUAUUAGUUAAUUAAUUAUUAUUAUUAGUAAGAAAUAAAAAUAUUAUACAAUAAACUUGAAUU